AUGGACGAAGACCACCACCAUCACCACGACCCGGUGCCCUACUCGACCCCGACGUGUCUACAGCUGGGAAUACCGAUCGCCUCAGAGCCAGGCCUCCCCGGAGGGUACCCCGACCCCCGCCUACCUCCGGACGACGUCCCGGGGAUCCCGCCGAUGUUAGAAUCCUACCUGGACCCCGUGUAUCAUGACUCCUACCUCAACGGUAGACUCCCAUAUCUACCAUUUCCGUCGCCAUACGGGCUCUACGACUACGGAUUCGAACCAGCUUUUAUUAGAAAAAGAAACGAGAGGGAAAGACAACGAGUUAAAUGCGUGAACGAAGGAUAUGCUAGACUUCGAGAACACCUUCCUUCAGACAUUUCUGACAAAAGACUAAGCAAAGUCGAGACCUUACGAGCGGCUAUAAAAUACAUAAAAAAGCUGCAAAAAGUUUUGCACGAAGAAGAAGGAAACAAUCAUCGGUCGAGGAUCGGCAGCGUCGACGACAAGGAUUCGGCGUCUCCGGAAACUAACGACAUUGACCCGAGAAGUCCCGAACAGGAUUCAGACGAUUCCGAAAAUAGCAAAGAAUCGAGAUGA